AUGACGUUCAUUUUCCUUCUUGUCUACCUUGGACUUUCCCACAUCUGCACAACUGGUGCUCAGAUGGUGCAGCAUGGACGCUGUUACAAAAGUUCAUCGGUGCUCAUUUGCAAAAACAGUAUGCCGACUGUGGAUGAUUUGCAAUUUCAGGAUAUUCAGACGGUCAUAAUGACCCACCUGUCUGAAGGAACCUGGUUGUAUUUGAAUGAUUCAAAUCCUACGACAACAGGAAUUCAAAAAGUUGAAGUCCAAAGCUCCGACAUCUUCCGAGUCGAGCCUGGCUACUUUGCCAAGAUUAGUGGCACAAAUAAGCUGAAAAGGUUGAUGCUUCGAAACGUCAAGGGUUCAGUUGUGGUCGACAAGAGCAUGCUGCAGGGAUUGGCCAAGUCGUUGAACUACCUCGUCGUGGUAAACAGUCUCAGUGUAAAAGUCGCCGAUUUGGCUGAACUAGAGGUUCUCACGGAUUUGGAGCUUUCAAGCACAAAUGUGAUCGGAACGCCAGCAGAUUUCGAGAAGCUGCUGCCUCGACUUCGGUCGCUGGACAUUAAAAACUGCAACUUGAACCAGCUACCCUGGGAGGCUAUUGUCAAGUGGAUCACUGAAAACGACUCCAGACGUCUCAAGAUAAAUGGCAACAGUUGGAUUUGCGACUGUUCCAUUGCUGCGCUCAAGCGUCUUCAGCCUGGCAUUGUAGGAAGCAACCUGCAAAAGUUGACGUGCGGAAGUCCUCCCAACCUCGCAGGCAGGCUGUUGUCAGACAUCACCGAGGAGGAGCUGUGUCCGGUGGCACCGCCGUCCAAGAACGACUCCGCGGGGGGGUCACUUCAGCCCUCGGGGAACGGCAGCGGCAGUGAAGAUGGAGCCGGGAACGCCAUUAACCCGUCAAUGGGCAAUAAGGGAGAGGUUGCGGAUGUUAAGAGCAGCGGCGUCCGAACAGAGGUUAUCAUCGCGGGCACCGUCGUUGGGGCCUUGGUUCUGAUAUUCGUCGUUUUCAUCAUCGUCUACAAGUGCCGGCUGUACCCUAAGAAAAAGAAUCGAGAGGAGAGGACAAGCAAGACACACCAGAACAAACGAUAUGUGUAUGUGAUAGCUGAUAGCAUAUCGGUCUGA